UACUCUCCACUCUCAUCCUCUUCCUCUCGCAUCUUUUCUACUUGAAACCCCAGCUGCUCUUCCUCACACAUGGCCGCAGAAACUCAAGUAGCAUCUGCCUUGGAGCUCAUCCGACAACAUUUACUCGGCGAUCUCCUCUCACCUGUUCCUACCUCAUCUUCAUCUUCUACGGCUACCAAUUCUCUAACAAGCCUCCAGCAUCCCAGCUCUCACUGCUCUCAGAAUUCCUCCUCUGACUCUGCCAUAUCAGUUUCUGAUUAUUUUAUUCAUGAUGAUUUUUUCGAAUUCGAACGUAAACCUCAAAUCAUCGAUCUUAUUACCCCAAAGUCAAGUGCUCCAACCACCAGUUUUGAAUUUGGUUCCAGAUCUCAAUUAAGUGACGACUUCUUUGAUUUCGAAGCCAAUUCUCAAAUCCCUCAGAGUUCUGAAAUUGAAUCUACCAUUGAUUUGUUUUAUUUUAAUAUAAAGCCUCAAAUUCAUCCUCCAGAUUCAGGCUUUCAAACGAGUCGAAAGCCGUCCUUGAAGAUUUCACUUCCUAACAAAACCAACUGGAUUGGAUUCGUUAAACCGGAUCAGAAACCAGUGAGUAGCAACUUAGGUAUUGCAGCUGCUGCUGCUGAAGAGAAAAGGCAUUACAGAGGAGUCCGACAGAGGCCGUGGGGCAAAUAUGCGGCGGAGAUCCGAGACCCGAACCAGAAAGGCACACGUGUGUGGCUGGGAACUUUCGACACAGCUAUUGAAGCCGCCAAAGCCUAUGAUCGAGCCGCGUUCAAGCUGCGCGGCUCCAAAGCCAUACUAAAUUUCCCUCUGGAAGCUGGCAAGUUGAAUACACGGGCAGAUGAGAGAAAUGAUAUUGAUUCACGAACAAAGGAGGGAAACGAAAGGAAACGAACCAGGGAAACCGAGAAUGUGGAGAGCGAAGCUAAGAAAAUGACGAGAAGAGAAGAAACGGAGACGGCGUUCUGGUGCAAUGGGGAUUUGGAUUUGAAUGGAGGCUUUAAUGUCGCACCGUUGUCUCCGUUAUCUUCACAUCCGCAGUUGGGAUAUCCACAGCUGAUGGUUAUAUGAGAACAUUUUCCACUACCUGUAAAUUAGAACGAGUUUCGGAUAUGUGUAUAUAGUUACGGUGACAGUAUCAGUACGAAAACAUUUAUAAAAAAACGAAAAGUGAUUAA